UUAUAUUGCAUUUAUUAUUUUUUAUUUUUAGUUCAAUGCGGGAAAGUACCAAGGUAAAUGGUAAUAUAGCGGAAGAUGUAAAAAUAGUUGAGUAAUAAUUGAAGAACAUUCCAAGAGCAGCAAACGGAGGGAAACGAACUCUACUUGAACAGCAAAGAGCGCCAAUAAAAUAUAUGUCCAGCUUAGUUAGUUAUCUACACUUAAAUGAUAAACAUGCUGUUAUCGUAUAUGCUAAAAAAAUACGUAUAGCUAAGAGAAACUGAGAGAGAGAGAAAACGGGAGCACGUUGUGUUAAGAGCGAAUAGUGGGCGAUGUUUUAAGAAAGCUCUCACGCGUCAGCUGUGCUUGAUUCAGUGGCUGCUCACCAGUUGCCUGGAAAACUUUCCGUUAAGAAUACUCGCAUAGCGCAGAAGAACGAAAACAUCAACAACAACAGCAACAACAGAGAAAGUGACUGUCAAUAGCAAAGCGAAUAACAAUUGAUUGGAAGUAAACAGUUACUCUCUAUGGCUAUGUGGUUACAACGUUUACGACUCUCACGCGCUGCCGCUGCCGCUGCUGCUGCAACGCGUCAAAGUUUGCGAAGCUUUGCCGCUGCCAGCAAGCAUAACAACAGCAACGAUAACCUUGAGGCUUCUUCCAUAGAUGAACGUCAUCCGCUGCGAGGCGUGCGUAUAUUAGAUCUCACGCGCAUUGUCGCUGGACCCUAUUGCACGAUGGUGCUGGCUGAUCUGGGCGCCGAGGUGAUAAAGGUGGAGCGUCCCCAUUUUGGGGAUGAAGCGCGCAAAUGGGGACCGCCGUUUCUUGAGGAGUGCGGCGAUGCGGCCUAUUUUCUAGCGCCCAAUCGCAACAAGCAGAGCGUUUGCAUUGAUCUCAAGCGGGGCAAGGAGCUGAUGAGACAGCUGGUUGACAAGUGCGAUGUGCUGGUGGAGAACUAUGUGCCCGGCACACUGGAACGCUACGAUCUUGGCUAUGAGCAGCUGCGACAGCUGAAUCCCCGUUUGAUCUACUGCACCAUCAGUGGCUAUGGGUCGGUGGGUCCCUAUGCCAAGUGUCCGGGCUACGAUGUGAUUGCCUCCUCUAUGGGCGGCCUGCUGCAUAUAACGGGCGAACGUGACGGACCGCCCAGCAAGGUGGGCGUGGCAGUUACAGAUGUGGCAACGGGUUUAUAUGCGCACGGCGCCAUUCUGGCCGCCCUGCUGCAGCGGGAGCGCACACAGCGCGGUCAGAAGAUCGACGUGAACCUGCUGUCCACGUGCUGCUCGCUGCUGAUCAAUGUGGCCAGCAACUAUCUGAACGCCGGCACAGAGGCCAAGCGCUGGGGCACAGCCCAUUCCAGCAUUGUGCCCUACCAGAGCUUCAAGACGGCCGAUGGCUACCUGACCCUGGGCGCCGGCAGUGAUGCCCAGUUCGUGGAGCUGUGCAGCCGUCUGAACAUUGAGCCAGUGUCGCUCGAUGUCAAAUUCAAGACCAACAAGGAUCGCGUAAAGAAUCGCGAAGAGCUAAUCAAUCUGCUGGCCAAGAUCUUGGCACGCGACUCGUCCAAAAACUGGAUGCGCCUCUUUGAGGGCGCCUCCUUUGUGGUGGGCCCCGUCAACAGUAUACGCGAGGUGUUCGAGGAUGAGCACGUCCAGGCCAUAGGCCUGGUCAAGACUCUGCCACAUCCGCGCGAUGGCAGCGUCAAGGUCGUGGGUCCCCCAGUCGUGUACAGUGAAGCACGCAACGAUGCACGCACUGCUCCACCCAUGCUCGGAGAGCACACAGACGAAGUGCUCACCAAACUUCUGGGCUAUGGAGCUGAGCAAAUUGCAGAGCUUCGCAGUCAGCGCAUCAUUCAGUAAAGGAUGCCAUACCCAGAAUCGUAUUAUACUACAAAGUAUACCCACAGAGCUUUCUAGCAUGAAAUGGAAUUUCAGUAAAGAGCUUAAAGCAUAGUUCACAUGCCUUACGUCCAUCAGGAAAACAGCUCACAAAAAAUGUACAUUCAUUAAGAAAAAUAUUUUUGUAUCUUUAUAGCUUUACAUUAAAGUCGAACAUUUACGGACUACACUGUGCCGCUUAACACUUGAUCUCUACAAAUAGCCGAAUCUAUCUAGAUAUAUUUGAAGCUGAGUGACUAAAGCUUAAAAG